CUCUAUGUGUGCACGUGCCUGAUGUGCAGUAUGCAAUACAGUAAUUUGUUCAAUUUGUUCAAAUGUAGUGUUUGGUAUAACUUAACUGAGUCGUUAUCAGUUACUUUAUAUAAAUUGCACAUUAAUAACUGAUCUCUCUAAAAGAUAGCAGCAGAUAUCAUCUGUUACAAUUAAAAAUAGCACCAUACCAAUAAUUUGUACAACAGUCACAAGUAAAUCAGUAGGCAUGCGGGGAAGUAGCCAUUACAAAUAAGGUCAUACUUCAACAUAAAAGGUUCUUCAAAGUACUGAAAAUGAUUCGACGAAGUGUUUUUUUCCAUUCAGUUCUCCAAAGAACCUUAAACAGCAUAAAAAGGUUCUCCAGCAUAAAAAAGUUCUACAAAGCACCCAGAGUGCUCCAGAGCACUAAUGAAGAACCAGUUUUUCUUAGAGUGAUUUAUGUCUAAAAACGGACAAAUAUCUUGGUCCUCAAGACUAAUUGGACUGCCCACCUCAGGGAGAAUACCAGCAGAAUGUGUCCUAAAAUCCACUCCAGGACCAACAAAGAUAAGCAGAUCACACGUACACGACGUACUGUCUGCCUUCGAACUUUUUAUUCCCAAAAUGGUGGAAGAGAUGGUAGUGAAGUAUACGAACAUGCAAGGGCUACGGAAGCAUGGCACUGAAUGGAAAAAAACCAAUUGGGAUGAAAUUAGAUAUUUUAUUGGAGUGCUUCUUCUGAGUGGAAUAUUCCGGUCAAGGGGUGAAGCUGCAGAGUGUCUCUAGGACCCUUACAUGGGGAGACCCAUCAUUGUGGCAGCGAUGUCCCUGGACCGGUUUCGGACACUGACGGCGAUAAUCUGUUUCGACAACCGGGAGACCCGACCCAGCCGCAGAGCAGCAGAUAAGCUGGCCCUCGUAAGGGACAUCUGGGAGGCAUGGCUGGAGAGGCUGCCCUUGAUGUAUAUGCCUGGGGGACAUAUCACCGUAGAUGAGCGGCUGAUCCCCUUCAGAGGUCGAUGUGCUUUCCCGCAAUACAUGCCAAGAAAGCCUGGAAAAUAUGGACUGAAGCUUUGGGUGGCAAGCGACAGCGCGACCAGCUACGCUUACAACGUCCAGAUUUACACGGGCAAGCCAUCCACGGAGCCUGCAGAGUCCAAGCUAGGAAUGAGGGUGGUGCUGGACUUGACGGUGGGGUUGACCGGCUGUACAAUUGUGUGUGACGAUUUUUUCACCUCAUAUGAGCUGGGGCAAGAGUAAUAAAGGCAGUUAUCCAUCAGGAUGA